AGUUAUUGUAGGCGCAUGCUUUGUGGGUAUGACACUCCAGACUUUGCUCUUUUGGUCUGAGUAUAUAAAAAAAAAUGUGUCUUAAUUCUUUCUUCUCAAAGUGGGUCACGUACUUGAAUGUAAGAACCCACAUGUAGCGAUCUGUUCCAAACGCAGGCUUGGAGCAGGAUGGCAUCACAUCACGGAGCAAGCACAGCCAGUCCUAGGACAGUGCCCCAUGGACCCAUCAACCUUCCAAAUGGGGGCACACCUGACUCAGCCCACCUGCCAUGUGCAAUUAUCAAUGGCAUGCAUGGCGUGGCUGGCACUAAACCAUACCCUCUGCCAGCAGUGGGAGGGGUUCCACACUCGGAUCAUGGGUACCUCUGUCCGGGGUCAUCUGUCAACUUGGUGGAUGGCAUGGACCCGUUUGAGAUCGACACGCAUUCAGCUAAAACUUGGACAAUGUCCAGGCCAGAUAAUGUGCCUCAAUGGAGAGAGCUGGAAGCAAAAGCAAAAUUCAGAUUGUUAAUGAACUCAAUAAUGAAGAUUCUGCUCCUCUUUAGCUUUCUCUACAUGUUUGUUUGCUCUCUCGAUGUUCUCAGUGCAGCCUUUCAACUUGCUGGAGGCAAGGUGGCAGGUGAUAUUUUUAAGGACAAUGCAAUCCUGUCCAACCCUGUGGCUGGACUUGUGGUCGGAAUUUUGGUCACUGUCCUGGUCCAAAGCUCAAGUACUUCAACUUCUAUUGUUGUCAGCAUGGUGUCAUCAGGAUUACUGGGAGUGCAAUCUGCCAUUCCAAUUAUUAUGGGAUCCAAUAUUGGAACCUCAGUAACAAAUACUAUUGUAGCUCUAAUGCAAGCUGGGGACAGAAAUGAAUUCAAACGGGCCUUUGCAGGCGCCACUGUCCAUGAUUGCUUCAAUUGGCUCUCUGUGUUGGUUCUGCUGCCAAUCGAAGUUGUCAGCGGGUUCCUGUACCGACUCACUAAGGUUGUGGUGGGGAGCUUCAUAAUCCAGACAGGAAACGAUGCACCUAACCUUCUUGGUAUCAUUACCGAUCCAUUCACUGAUCACAUUAUACAGCUUGAUAAAUCUGUAAUCACUGCAAUAGCAACUGGGGAUGAAAGUUUUCGUAAUAAGAGUCUUGUGAAGAUAUGGUGCCUGACAAGAACUGUACAGUUCCAGGACAACAUCACAGUGGAUGGUCUGGACAAGUGUAUGACACCAGAACUGUGCUGGCAGGAUGACAACUACACAUGGACUCUAGUCAACAGGACAUAUAAAGAAAACAUUGAGAAAUGUAACCACCUGUUUGUGAAUUCCACUAUGUCUGAUCUUGUAGUGGGGCUGAUCCUGCUGGCUGGCUCUCUGGUCGUCCUGUGUACAUGCCUUGUUCUGAUUGUCAAGCUGCUGAAUUCCAUGCUGAGGGGACAGGUUGCCAAAGCUAUCAAAAAGGUCAUCAAUACUGAUUUUCCAUACCCGUUUGGCUGGCUAGCAGGAUAUCUUGCCAUGGUGGUGGGAGCAGGCAUUACAUUUGUUGUCCAAAGCAGCUCUGUGUUUACAUCAGCCAUCACUCCACUUAUUGGUAUUGGGGUGAUCAGUAUUGAACGUGCCUACCCAUUAACGUUGGGAUCCAAUAUUGGCACCACUACCACUGCAGUUUUGGCAGCUCUGGCCAGCCCAGGUGACAUGUUACCAAGUGCUUUCCAGAUGAAUUCACCUGGAAGUGACUGUCAAAUCAUUAGAAGAACAUACAUCUGCUACUCAUCACACUCAAAUGCUUCUGUUAAAAGAACAAAUCAGGGAACGUUGACAGAUCCAGAGAACAUCUGGCUGAUUGGCUGCUCAUAAGCAAGUGCUUCCAGCUAUCCCUCCCCUAUCUAAAAGACUGUUUUCUGUCACUUCCAAUGUUUAUUUUCACAAAUAGUAAACAAAUAUUCAAAGGAAAUUAAUGUAACCACAUAAUUCAACGCUUUAAUCUCCCGAUGACUUUUCUGGUUGUUCACAGGAGAUUAACCCAUAAUUCCCUAAGACUCCAGGAUGAUUCUGGUAACCAGCUGAUAUUAACUUCUAACACUCGUGACGUAACUACAUCUGCAAGUACUUGCAGACUACCCACCCAUUCCAGCUCAUGUCAACUCUCAUUGAACUGAUUAGGCUGAUAUCAAAAACAUGGGAAGAGAGCAAGAGAUGGUUGCUAUUGGGGAAAAAGGGAUAUUGUAUGCAAUAGGUAGGACUCAUCCAUCAACCCUAUGCUGGAAGUAUUAAUCUAUUAAGAAAAUUGAGUGGAGUAUUAGGAGUAAUUUCAGGUCUGACUUCCUCAAUUGAUGUUCAUUUAUUCCUCCCAAUGUUAUGAUCCUUCACUCGCACUAAAUAGUCAAACAUUUUUGAUACAAGUGAGUUCAAUGCCCAGGUUAAGUCACCCAUCUUUUCACACUUUUCAGUCUAUGGUAACAGAUCCCCAUCUGAGACAGUUCUGAUUACAGGCUAGAAAUUGUCUGAGAAGGACAACAUUGGAUAAUAGUCCUUUCUAAACAAUAGAUAAACAUUGGACUGCCUUCUUUUCAAGGCUCUCCUUCCAGUAUAAUGUCUUGCUUGUCAGAAAUCAAUAAGGCAAGUGGCCUAAUUUAUCAUGUUUCCAAUUCCCUCUUCAUUAAGCAAGUGACUGGUAUAAUAGGAAAUGGGGUCAGGCAUACCAAUUUGUUCACUCAACCAUCCAAUUCCCUUCAGGCAAGAAUCUUUUCAAUGAGUCAGAAUCACUUCAAGUCUGACAUACAUUGGACCAAUAAAUUAAGUUCUUUUUCUUGAAGUACUCUGCAUUCUCUUGAAAAUGUUGAGGGAUAUAAAUACUUGCCUUUCCUGAGCAGUUUUACAUUAAUCAGUCCAGUCCUAUAUGCCUGUUUGAAUAUUGUUACAUAUAUUGUCAGCAAUUUUUGUACUUUAUACAGAUAUAGAGGCUUUUGUUUGAAGUCUUUCUAUCUUUUACUUGGUGCCAUUAUGAUAUAUGGAACAAUAAACCACUGAAUUUCAAUUGAGUAGAUAUUCUACAAAUCAUCCUGAAUACAUACAAACAUCUGAUGAUGCAAUUCCACCUUCCCCCCCCCCCCACUGAAGUGAUGGAGAUUCGACUUACACCAUCUGAACAAUAAUCUGUCAAAGGGAGGCAUCUUUUCCGACAAGCUACAGGCAGCAGGUGAAUGUGAAAGCUUAUCACAGUGAAACCAAACCCAGCUCUUGAUUAGCUUCUUUCUGGCUGACCUGACUUUCUGAGGUAACAAUUAACUACCAUAAUGAAGAACAAUAACUUCCAAAUUAUCUCCUUGAAGUUUUCAGGUCUAUGCUAGAUUAAGCGUAUACCAACGCCGAUAUGAAAAGAACAUGUUGACACAAUGUCAAACAGAUCUUAAUAACACUUCCAUUUACAUUGUUUCUUAUGUUGAAAUUACCUGGAGAAUUCACAUUUUUGAUCUGGUCAGGCAGGCAUUAUGCCCCAGCAGUGGUCUUCAGAAUUAGGUUGGAUGUGUAUUUAAAUGAUGGUUGCAGAAGAUCAAAUGUUGGUCUUGUCCUUGGAAGAACUACCAGCCCAUCCUUAAAUGACAAAGUGUAGAGUGCUACAGACCAAUUACUAGUGAAUAGAAUUAGUACUGACAGGAUUUUAAUUGGCACAGAGGGUAAAAAGACCUGUUUCUGUGCUAUACGUCUCUAUGAUUCCUGAAGUAGUGCUAUGAGUUCUUUACCAAGGUUGCUGGACCAGCCUAUGUUUCAAUACCAUACCUUCCACAGUACUAUACUAGAAUGUUAACCCAUAUGUGUUCAAGCUGGAUGUGAGGCACUUCACUCAGCAACUUAUCAAACUGUUAGGUUCUGUGACACUGCCAUACAUUUCACAUCCUCACAAGCAUUGACUGGUCCCAUUAAACUUAAUUCAUCAAUAAUACCGCGAUACAUCUAAUAAAUAAACUUCAAAUUUUUCUCAUUCAAAAAUAUUCUUUAUUCAUGUGUAGGAAGGACCAGUAGUGCUUUGCAAACAUUGUGUAUCUGUGUUUAGCACUACCAGAAUUUAGCAGUAUUUUACAAACCUUUCAAUGGACUUAAAUGGGAUAGAACUGCAGCUGGACAUGGGUGCUACUUGAAAACUGAUCUACUGCCAUUGAAUGGAGUUUAGGCAGAGAUGAAAAAGCAUAUUCCCUGUUUCCAGUCAGCGCCUGUUGUGCUGUUCACUCGUCCCUGACGUGUUAGUUUCCUGGCAUCACAUAGCUAACCAGCACAACCUGAAGGUAAUUGCAUAAGAAUCAGGACAACAAAACAGAAUUUAAAGACAUUAUUGUUAACAAAAACCUUAGUGUUGAACAAAAUGAAAAAAACAUUGGUAAAAAUAUCUUGAGGAGCUUCAGAAGUUUGUUGUAUAUUCCUGAUAGAUCCAACAAAUUAUUAGCCUUCUACAUGCACCCUUCAAGGUUCAUAAAAUAUUGUGCACACUUUCCUUUGAGAAUUUUAUUAUAGAUUUCUUUCUACCAGAUUGCACCAACAGCACCUCCCAAAUCCACAACCAUUUCCUUUAAAAAGGAGAAGGCUUGCAAUUCUAUAUGCUCCCAUCUCAUUCCACCCCUGUUCUGAACUGUUGCUAUAUUGCCUGUCCUUCAUCAUUUCUGGGUCCUAGUCAUGGAACUCUCUCCCCAGAAUCACUGCGAGGGCUUUGUCACCAGAAAUUCUGAAGUGGUUAAUGAUGGUACCUCAUGAGUCAUUAAAGAUGUACAAUAAAACCUGAUUUAGCCAAAGAAACUCAGAUUAUGAAAAUGGAUAAAUGAACAAAAACUUACAUGUAUGGUUAAUAAUAUUAACACAAAGUUAAAAAACCUUCUCUUCAAGCUUGAGCAUCUCACUUGUCUCCCAUCUUCUACAAAGAAUAAACUGGUCAUCCAAGCAUCUUAGCCUGGCCAGUGGCAUAGUGGCAUUACCCUGAACUGUGAGGCAAGUUGUUAUGGAUUCAAAUGCGACCAUGCUUUCCAUCUGGAUGGGGUUUAGCGUCAAGGUAGCAACUCAAAAAAUGCUAAGGAAACAGUAAGGUUGCCACCUGAUGCAUCACAUGUGCAGAAAGGAACAACAACAACAUCCAAACAUCUAGAGCAAUGGUCUUUCCUGAAGCAAGGUCCAUCAGUCACUCAAUCGCUCCCUGUACUUGUUGAACUCCCCAUUGGCACCCACUUGCUUUAUAGAAAACACCCAAAAGAUUAAAUAGUAUUUAUUUAAUCGUGGUCGCGAUUUUGAUCAAAUUCUUUUCUUGACUCUGAUAUGAAACAUUUCCAUUGUGGGUUUGAGGUAGGAAUUAAUACUUUAAUCCCUUCACUCUGAGGUCAUGAACUCUACAGGCACUGGUACUCACCAUUUAACCAAGUAGGUCCUUCCUCCAUUGCCAGUCCAGACACGACUAGAUAGAUAUCACUGUAGGAUCUGCACUGUAGGAGGAUAUCAGAGCUGGAAAAUAUCUAGAGCCGUUGCUGCAGACUAGAGGCCCCAAAGGUAAGUGCAGAUCCAUCUUCAGCCUCCACAAUCAAUGGAGGAUUUCAAUUUCCCCAGACGACUUGUCUUGCUUGUGGUGCUACUGUGGCACAUCCUGGGAAGGGUGAGUAUAUUGGCCAUGGAGGCUGGGGAAUGCACUUAUAGUUUCUCCUCCAAUGAAAACAGCACUCCUCAUCCAAUACUUUGCUCAAGCAGCUUACCUUUAAAUUCCCGAUCAGAGAGGAAUUAGAGGUGUUUCCUAACAGGUUCAUUAAUGACUUAAUGAAAAGUAUGCAUUUGGUGUCAAGGUUCCUUUUGCCCUUUGGCUGAUACCUUAAUAAAGUUCAAAACCUUUAGGAAAUAAGAUUUUAAUUAUUGAGGGUGAUAUCAGCGACUGAACCAUCUGCUAACGUACAAGAUAGGGCAUGCACAGUGAGGAGAGUAGAGAUGGGGAGAAAGUCAGAACAAGCUCCCCAGAAGGACCUUGUUCUUUGAGAAAGUUUGCAAAUAGGCCUUUUAGCAUUUGUAACCUUAUGCAUUUCCUCAAAAUCACUUUUGUGCCCUCAGCUGGUAUGAGCAGAAGUAUACAAUAAGCCAUAGGAAUAGCCACAUUUAUCGUGCCCUCAGGCAGCUCUCAAUCCUGAAGCUUUAUUUUCUAGUUGAAGAUGCUGUCUUUUGAUUGAAUAUCAAAAUGCCUUUUCCUAAUCUCCUCAACCUCACCCCACAUGGAUAAUAAAUGAGCCCACACCAUUCUUUGUCCAAGGGUUGGCAAGCUCUCCCCAGCCUAAACAACAUUUAUCCCUUCACACACACAAGUAGUAGAGAUUCAUCGCUCAUGUCAACUUAGUACUGGCUGUUGGUUUAAUUCAUUCCAGCAGUGGUAUCACAUUAGAAAUAUGGCACUGGCCAUGAAAAUCUUGUCCUGAAAACAUGAAAGCCACUUUAUAAAUACAGAUUAUUUUUUUCUCUAUCCACAUGUCAAUAUAAUACUGGACAAUGGACCAAUGAAUGAUUUAAGACAACAUCUUUAUAAUGUGUAAUUUGAUGUACACCGUAUCUAUUUCUGGUUCUGUCAUUCAUUAUAAUGCAAUAUUGCCAAAUUACCUGACACCCUUCAACAGCUGCAUUGUAAUUUGCAGCAUUUAGUGUUAGAGGUAGAUUAGACACAAUAAAUUCAGGCAUUAGAUUGGAGUAAUUGAAAACUUCUGUGCUUUGCUUUUGAAGGUAGAAUAGGUGCUAAUAUUCAAUGUGAACAACCCAAUGAAAGCAAUGUGUAAUAUCCAGAAGGGGAAAUCAGCCGAGUAUUUUUAAAAGGAAUUGUGUUUUUUUGGCUGUAUUUAGUGUUUAUAAUAUGAUAAUUUAAAGGAAUGAAUGGAAUCACAAGUGGCCGAGGAAGAAUAUUGAAAUACAUCUAGUCUGAAUCUUUGUAUGACUAUGUACAUUUAUUUCGCAACACACUGUAUUCUUUAUAAAAAAAUAAAUUUAUUUACCCUUUAUAAAAA